GAUAUGGUUGAUUUUGUAGCAACUCAGACCUUCCCUAUAUAAUUUAUGAUUAACAGUUGAUAAAAGAAAAAAAUUAAGAGCAUUCCACCAACUGGUGGUUAGAAAAUUGCAUUUCUUGAACAAACAUCUAGAAGCCAAGUCAAAAAACACCAAUAUAUUGUGAUAUUGUAUUGAUACAACUAGCUAGCUGGUGAAAGAUUGAAACUUUAUGUAGUUUUAAAAAUACCCAUUACAAGAAAUUAAGCUUUUGAGCAAGAAUUUGUGUUGAGAGAGUGGUGUUUGAUGAAAAGUGAAGUCUUUGUUUCUGGGUUCAAGGAGGAUUAUUUUGGGGGAUCAGAGCUUUAUUGUUCCCCAUAAGACACACAAUUGUGACUGGUUUUCAGAUUCUUAAGUGUUCUGGGAAUAUCUUUUGAGUUGCUUCAUGUAUACUUAUCCCACACUGGAUUAUUCGAAUAAUCUGCGAUGAAAUUGAUUUUUUCUAGUUCUUGACAGAUCAUAAAUUCUUUGGAUGUGGAAUAAUAUUCAUAGAAUCAUAGAUUGCUAGCAAUUCAAGAUAUUUUUAUGCAAACAUGCUAGUGUGUGCUUGAGUGAAUUGCAGAUAUCUCGGAGUUUCUCAUGCAAACAUCCUCGUGUCAAUUGCUAUUGUUUUGAAUAAUUUUUAGUGCACUAGAGGAAGAAGAAACAGCAGUCCUUUAGGAAGUUCUGGAGUUCUCGUUUCAAUUAUUAGGCGACAGGAUUGAGUAGAUACAAGCUGACUUGUUUUUUGUGUUGCGGUUCUGCUUUAGGUUGUUUUCUUGUUGUUUACCGCUGUUCUUCAGUUGGUGAUCAUUUGAAGGUGGAUUUUCAGUUCACAAAAAAAACUAGGUGGUUUAGUUCAACUCUUGCACGGGAAAAGUUGCUUAAGAUCGAAAAAACUUGAUGGCUACUUACUUUCCAAAUUCAAGCAAUGAAAGAGAUUCCGUGCCUAUCAACUAUCUGAGGGAGCCUUUGUUAAAUUCUUAUUCAGAAACACCUGUUAUUCCAGGGAAUAUGAUGAUGUACAUGAACUAUCCAUCUUCUUCUGGAUCAUAUUCGGAUACCCUGGCUGGAAAUUCCCAACAUCAGAACACCAGCAUUGAUCUUCCUUCCGUAGGAGCUCUGCAUUCCAACCUCUCGCAUCAAGAAUUUAUGUCGAACCUAGGAGUAUCUAGAGCUGGUGAACUUGAUCUGAGUGUGUGGAGAGAUGGUAGAAAUGAGAUGCCUUUGAUGCAGACAACAGGUGGAACCAACAACAUGAAUAGUAGACAAAACUUGCAGGGUCAGGGCUUAUCUCUCAGCCUCAAUCCACAAUUAUCAUCCGAAUUACAGAUUUCUUCUCUCCAUGGCAGGAAUCCUGACCUAGGCGGAUCUUCGUUUUUGAGUCCACACACAGCGCUUUCAGGGGAUGACAUUGAUAGACAUGGAACCUUUAGAGAUGACGAGACCUACCAAAAUCGGCAACCGAGAAACACUGAGUACAUACUUCCUGAUGUUUUGGGAAGCAGUUCAGCGUUACUAAAAGCAGAUGUCUCCUCUUUUGCGAUGCAAAAUAUUCUUAGAAAUGUUCCCAACUCCAAGUACCUAAAGGCAGCUCAGCAGCUGCUUGAUGAAGUUGUCAAUGUUCAUAAAGCUCUGAAGCAGCAUGAGCGCAAGAAAGACCGUGUAGGAGAUUGUGUUGAAGCAGACAGAGCAUCUAUCGAUGGAACCUCAGCAUCUCCUGCAGCUGGACAAGAUUCAACCAGCAAUGGCCCAAAUGAGCUUUCAGCAUCUGAAAAACACGAAUUGCAGAACAAGAUGGCAAAGCUUUUGUCUAUGCUGGAUGAGGUCAAUAAACGGUACAAACAGUACUUUCAUCAGAUGCAGAUUGUAGUAUCUUCAUUUGAUGUAAUUUCAGGAUCUGGGGCGGCUAAACCCUACACUUCACUUGCUCUCCAGACAAUUUCCCGCCAAUUCCGUUGUUUGCGUGAUGCCAUAAAUGGACAAAUUAGAGUUACUCAAGUAAGCCUCAGGGAGCAAGAUGGCUCAGCAGUUGGAAUAUCUCGACUCCGGUAUGUUGACCAGCAGCUUCGACAACAAAGAGCUCUUCAACAGCUUGGUGUGAUGCAACAACACACGUGGAGGCCGCAGAGGGGACUACCUGAAAGCUCUGUUUCAAUCUUGCGUGCUUGGCUGUUUGAACAUUUUCUUCAUCCUUACCCUAAAGAUUCUGAAAAGAUCGUACUAGCACGGCAGACUGGCUUGACGAGAAGUCAGGUAUCAAAUUGGUUUAUAAAUGCACGAGUACGUUUGUGGAAACCUAUGGUCGAAGAGAUGUACAAAGAAGAGGCUGGUGAUGCUGAAAUGGAAUGUUAUUCCUCCUCAGAUAUUGCCCCAAACACUACAAAAGACGAUACAAAGACAUAUGAGGCUAGAGGGGCAGACCUGCAAAACACUGCAACUUCCUCGUCGAAUGAAAAAUCUAUGAUUAGACAAUUCUCUGAGUCCAGGCCUGGUCAUGUUCCCGAUGUUGAUAUGGUGAGAUCAGGUACCCAGUCCAGUUUCCAGAUGUUGAAUCACGGAGAAACAGAUAUGAACCCCCCAAGAGUGAGUGUUGAUGAAUGUAAUGUUUAUGCAAAUACAAUGGCUCAGCCCGGCAGUGAAAACAAGUACUUGGAUGCUUACCAUGUUCCAGAAUUUGGGGGGUUUGGGAAUGGGAAUGGUGUCUCACUCACACUGGGAUUACAGCAACGUGAAGAUGGCAGCAUGCCAGUGUCUGUUGGGGCUGAUACCAAUUUUGUUAUGAUGAGACGGGAGGAAGAUUAUGUCGGUUUUGACUCUACAGAUUCUGAAAACCGCCAGCACAGAGUUGGUUCCUCUCAUCUGUGGCAAGAUUUUGUAGCAUGAGAACAACUUGGUGUUGGUAAUUUUGAGCAAUUUUUGUCAGAGUGGGGGAGUGUUACAAAAUGGCUAGGUAGCACCUGGAAAUCUACAAAUAAUACUCUUCCUUCUGCAAUUGGUUAUAUAUGUAUAUGACACAGUUGUAUAGUAAUAUUUUCCUUGAAAGAUUAGCAUAUCUGUAAAGAUAAGAUACUUGUUUUUUGGUGA